UGUGCCGUUCGAGGAAGGCGUACGGUUCAGCUGGGAACAUGAUCUGAGGACGAUGAGUCGCUCAUUGAUUCGCUAUGGAAAAGGAAAGAAACAUUUCCAGCUGCUCUCAGAUUGAUUUACCCUUCACACGGGUGUUUUUGCCAGCUGUCUAUGUCACGGUUUUUAUUGUCGGAGUCUUCGCUAAUAGUUUUGGACUUAAGUCAGUCUGCUGCAAGUGGGGAAAGCUUGGGAAUAUAAACAUUUUCAUUCUCAACCUCGGUGUUGCGGAUCUACUUUAUGUCUUCACCUUGCCUUUCUUGGUUAUGUAUUACGCCGGGAACAGCAGGUGGAUCUUUGGCCAAACCCUCUGCAAAAUCACAAGGUUUUGCUUCAAUAUGAACCUCUACGGCAGUAUAGGAUUCCUCACCUGCUUGAGUGUAUACAGGUACCUCGGCAUCGUUCAUCCCAUGUGGGUGAUGGGGAGAAUAAACACAAAGAUCUCAGUGACGAUCUGUGUCCUGGUCUGGAUUCUUGUUAUUAUUCAGAUCCUGCCGGACAUGUUCUUUGAGAAAUCCAAGCCAAACUCCUCAGACUCAUGUUACGAUACCACCACGGAUCAGUGGAUUUCUGACUAUCUGUCCUACAGUCUGGGAUGGACCUUCACUGGGUUUGUUGUCCCACUUUUUAUUGUGUUUUGGUGCUAUGGUCACAUCAUCAUACUCCUUGCCACCAAGACCAACAUGGAUACUUUACUAAAGCAGCGGUGCAUCCGACUGAUCUGUGUUUUAACCCUUUUGUUCACGGUUUGUUUUAUCCCCUACCACAUCUUCAGAAACCUGAAUUUACUGACGAGAAUAUUAAAGAAGCAGGGCAUUUGUGGUGAAAGCUUUGAUAAUAUCUACAUUGGGCAUCAGGUCAGUAGGGGAUUAGCCUGUCUGAACAGCGCCAUGAACCCGCUGAUUUAUGUCAUAGGAAACGACGAAGUUUCCAUGCGUCUGCACAACUUGAGCAGAAGAGCCAGAAAGAGUUUUACACAUCUUACUUCAGCAGUCAUUGAGUGCAAACCAAAAGACUAUUAUUCUGUAGUAAAUAUUGAAAUGCACUGUCAAAACACAGAAUAGUAUUCUUUAUUUAAUAAACACUGUAGAGAUGUCUGCUUUUAUAUAUUUAUAUGAAAUGUGUGUACCUUACAUUUGAUGAGAAGUAUUGUUUGUAUUGUAUUGUUAACAUGAAGAUAGAGUGUAUUUUGCCAUCAAUAUCUGCAGACAGGAUUUUACCAUCUAAUUGACAUUCAUUAUAUACCAUGAACUCAGCGGACGUAUGUCCUCCCUCCGCUGCCUAACCCCAUUAUAGUUUUUUGUUGUUGCAGAUGGCCUUGACUUGCUACUGAGGGUUUAUCACACAAAUGCCUAAAUACAAUAUGUAUGAAAAACACUG